AUGACCAAAUCAAUUUUCGUUACUGGAGCCACGGGCCUAGUGGGUAAACAUACGGUUGACUUACUACUCAAGGAAGGAUAUCACGUGAUAGGACUUGCUAGAUCUGAUGUUUCGGAAAAGGCCCUCAAGGCUAAGGGUUGUGAGGUAAUCAGAGGAGAUUUGGAGAACAUAGAGGCAUUAAAGAAAGGAGCAUCGGAAAGUGAUGGUGUUAUUCAUUUAGGAUUCGUCCACAAUUUCGCGGAGUUCGAGAAGAGCGUGCUGAUCGAUCGAGCUGCCAGCGCUGCAAUGCUUUCUACUUUGAAGGGUACUGACAAGCCAUUCAUCAACAUUGGGGGCAAGCCUAGUUCUCAUGCCGAGUUCUCUGUUUUUGAUUUGCGUGCCGAAACCGAGAAACAAGUGUUGGCGUAUGCUUCACAAGGUGUAAGAGUUAUGAGCGUCAGACUUCCGCCUACUGUUCAUGGAAAGGAUGAUGUUCACGGCUUUAUACCUAUGCUAUCUGGAACUGCGCAAAAAGUAGGAUACAGUUUUUACAUUGGAGAAGGUAAGAAUGUCUGGCCCGCUGUGAAUGUUGAUGAUGCUGCUUCAUUAAUUUCGCUCGCAGUAAAGAAGGGUAAAGCAGGAAAAGUUUAUACUGCUGUGGGCGAGCCAGGAGUUCCCUUGAAGGUUAUUGCCGAGGCCAUCGGAAAAAAGCACAAUUUGCAAAGCAAAUCCAUCAUUUACGAAGAAGCACAGAAGAAAUUGGGAUUCCUCGCUGAGUUGGUUCGCAUGGGUGAACUUACAUCGAGUGAAGAGACACAGAAGGAGUUAGGAUGGAAGCCAACCCAUGCCACUUUAGUGGAAGAUAUCGCUGAAUUUUACUGA